AUGGAAGAGCCUGUCGCAACAGUUAUACCAGACACAAGGAUGCCAGAAUCCUUCAAUAAUGCGCCAUUAUUUGAAGAAGAAGCUUUUCUCUCCCCAGGGACAUUUUCCAGUGCGGAUGAAUAUGCCGCCAACCCGCGAUUCCUCGAGUUGCAAGAGGAACUUCGCUGUGUGCUUUUCUCUUCUGUUGCCAGCCUUGAUCCUGGUGAAUACACUUCACCAGUCCCUUCAGCACCAGUCUCUUCGGAACAAUCAGAGGGGCCCACGAAAUCGCGACCAACACUAGAUUUUACAAGGGUGUCUAUUCCUAAAAUUCGACUUAUCUUCUACCUCAAAAAUUGGAUUACUGAAUGUGCGCCUUAUCUCGAUAAAUUUGACGAGUCGCGUCAUUUUGGUGUGCACAUUCCGAUCCUCGCGCAGCGAUCGCCCGCUUUGUUUUACGCUAUUCUUGCAUUCUCCGCUCGUCAGACGGAGCGAAAGGCUUGUCUCGACAAGGCAUAUGAUAGCUUGGAGCUUUAUCAAGAAUCGAUUAGGCUGCUGGCACCUUUACUCCAGGCGAAAGAUCCUGAUGUUCUGGUCACAGUAUGUAUCCUAGCGGUCAUGGAGCUGAUGUCCGUUAGUCCACGCGACUGGAGGAGACACGUCGAAGGGUGCGCGGCUCUCUUCGACUCGUUUAACGUGAACGGGCUAUCCGGAGGUCAUCUUUCCGCUACCUUCUGGACCUAUGCGCGCAUGGAACUCUGCGGCGCCAUAAUUUCUGGUGGUACCGAGUCUACAGUCCUUCCAUUGGAGAAAUGGGUCCCUGAUCUACCGAAGACGAUAAGUCCCAGGGAGAGAGAACUCAUGAUCCGAGAUAUGUUCUACCAAGACGGCUGUGCCUCUCCAGAUAUGCACGCAAACUGGGCCGUGUAUCUCUGCGCAAAGACAUGUGAUCUAUCCUGCCGCCAAACUAGAUACGUGGAACUGGGCGAGAUGGAAGUCGGUGAAAUGGUGGAAGAUACCCGCCCCUUCGCCGAACAAUGGGCCUGCCUUUGGGAAGAGCUACAAUUCUGGCUUGAAAAAAGACCUCCGGCCAUGCUACCUAUUAAAACGACGGGUAUCGGGGGCGGUCAAAUAUUCCCAGAGAUCCUCUUCGCUCACUGGGCUGCUAUCUCAGGGAACCAACUUUAUCAUGCUGCUUGCAUCAUGAUGCUGGAUAUGAAACCCCCUGAGGCCGAGAAGCCUCCGGCCAAGCCACAUUACUCGUCUGUGUGGCACGCGCGCCGAGUUUGUGGGAUCUCUUUAACGAAUCCUCAUUCUGGAAAUCUGAUUAAUGCUAUCCAACCGCUGUACAUUGCGGGGAAACUUCUCAGUCAUCACAGUGAGCAUGUUGAGGUGGCAAAGCUGUUUAAGAUUGUUGAGGAGACGACUGGUUGGGGUGCACUGUGGAGGUUGAAGGAUCUUGAGCGGGCGUGGGGCUAUGAGCCGGGUGAAAUUUUGUCAGCGAUUUGA